CUCUUGAAUUUCCAGUCUCUUUUCCGCUUAAAUGCUCUCUCUCUUUCAGUGUUUUCUGAUUUUUACUUUCUGAUUAUUCCUUAACUAAUUAUUUAUAUCAGGGUUUCUUGUUCCCUCUCUCUCUCUCACUCAGCAUUUGUGUGUUUUUUCAUAUGGCUGCCUCUGCCUCCCUGUAAGUCUUUUCUAUAAAAAAAAAAUAGCUUGACAGCUUGUUGCCCCUUAUUCCUUCUCACUCAUUCUCAGCCCUUGUGUUCUAUUUCUCCUCUCUUUUUUUCUCUUUUCUCUUUCCACCGCUCUUUCCCUCUCUACUUCCCGUUAUGGCUGCCUCUGUCUUGUCCCUGGAGGAGGACUUGUCGUGCAGCGUGUGCUGCGACGUCUUCCAGGAGCCCGUGCUGCUGGGCUGCGGCCACAGCUUCUGCAGGAAGUGCCUGAGCCGCCACUGGAGCUCCAGCCCGGGCCGCCGCUGCCCCGUCUGCCGACGCCCCUCGCCCCAGGAGCCCGUCCUCAAUAUCAGCCUGAGGAGCACCUGCGAGUCCUUCCUGAAGCAUCAGAGAGCGGCCAAGAAGGCCCAGAUGAGGAGGAUAAAGAAGAGGGAGCAGAAGAAAGGGGAGAAAGACAAGCUGUGUCCUGAGCAUGGACGGAAGCUGGUUUUCUUCUGUCAGAGGGAGGGUGAGCUUGUCUGCUGCCAAUGGAAGAAUAGCGGACACAGGGGCCAUCGCGUUCUUCCUUGGCAGAGAGCAGUAAAGAAGCGCAAGAGAGAGCUGGCAGAAGCCACAGAAACUUGGAGAAAGAGACUGGAUGCCCUGAGAAGUGGAUCAGCUGAUGACCACACGUCAACAGCAGACAUCAAGGCUGUUGUGGAAAAGUGUGAGGUGCAGAUGCGGAAAGAAUUCGAUAAGCUCUUCAAGUUCCUGCAGGAGGAACAGAAAGACCGUCUGGAGGCCAUGAGGGUUGCUGGGAUACGAGAGAUCCAGUUAACGAGAAAGGCCAUCGAAGCCGAGGCAACUCUCCUCUUAAAUCAAAUUCAGGAAGCGGAGGAGAUGGCACAGAACAAUGACAUCAUUUUAAAGCAGGAAUUCAACGCCAUAAUGAGUGCACAGUUCAGCCAACGAGAGCCAGCCAGGUGUCCCUGGGAUAAGAUUGAAGUCGCCGAACGACUUGGCAACCUGAGGUUCCAUUUCUGCAAGAAGAUGAUGGAAGUUACUCCCUCCUACCCAGUGAUCCUGAACCCCAGAACCCCUCUAGACGGCAUCAUUCUAUCAGAUGGCCUGACUAGUGUUGAAGUUGAAAAGUUGCCUGAAUGCUACUAUUUUGUUGUGGGUUCCAAGGCCCUCGACGAAGAUUAUCACGUUUGGGAUGUUUGCGUCAAGGACUGCUCGGACUGGAUAGUGGGCGUGUCACCGGAACAACACUCUUUCACCUCGAGCCUUCCUCUGUCUUCAGACCUAUUUUGUAGUUUCUGUGCGAUCCAGCGGAAGAAGGACCAGUACUUAGCUCAUCCCUACCCUGCCACCACACUGAAGUUACCCAGCCCCCUAGAGGUGCUCAGAGUCAAGCUAAGGACUAAGUUGGUGAUGAAGGACAAUCAUAAUUACCAACGCUUCUGGACAGUUACGUUCUCUGAUGCUCAGACAGGGUCAACCAUUUUCAGCUCUCCGUUUUACUGCUUGAGGAGGCCAGUCUACCCAUUUCUGUCUGCAUUACAACAGGGGGGAAAGUUGACAAUUCAGCCCACUGAGGUGAUGGUUGAGAGGGAAAAAAGCUACUGGGAGAAGAAUCGGUCUGAUAUUCUUAUUGCUGGCAUUUACAUUAUUAUGCUUAUAGCUUUCACCUUUCUGUUUACGUGCACAAAUUUCAUGGAUGUAAUGCUAGAGUGGAAUGAUAAAUUGGAACAAUAUAUGGAGAGUUGGACAGGCAUCUCAUCUGCUAAGUUAAGAGCUUGAUGUUGUGGCAGAGGCGUAUUCAAUUUCACUUCCAAACCACUUUUGCUGAUCAAAACAAAUACACAUUGUAUAUUAUGCACUUGAAUAUCACUGACUUUUGCUCAACUGUUGAUCAUCAUGUGUGGCAUGUCUUUUAUUAAGAUCACUUUACUUGAAUCACUUUACUUAAAGGGGACAUAUUAUGCAAAACUCACUUUUUGCGGGCCUUUGUGUUCAUAUUUGGGCCUCUACUGUUCUUAUAAACACUCUUUCGUUUUCUAUAAACACGUUUUCUGUAAGUCAGUAGAAAGACUUUGGUGUCAAGAAUAGUAUGCUGCUGUGAGCCAUUUGGAUGGCGCCCUUAUUCUGAUGUCAUACUAAGGGAAUUUGCAUAGACCAACCCUGGCACCACGGUCUAACAUACCGUAUGUGGUUGGAUAUUGGUUCUGUUUGCGGUCAUUUUCACGUGUGAAACGAGCAGCGUAAACAGUACACGCAGCCGGAGGCGUGGCCAGCAACAGCUUAUUUGCAUAAAAGUGACAGAGCCCUGAAACGGCUCAAUUUGGGAGAGACUGAAACUGGCAAGAAAAGAGCUGGUGAAAUCUCUUUAUGUGAGAGUGAUUUUUGUGCAAAGAACUUCAUGAACAUGUUUUGUAUAUCCCAUAGACCAAUUCUAACUUGUUAAAAAAGAGGUAUAAUAUGUCCCCUUUAACAAACCUAGA